AUGAAGUAUGCUGAUGAGAAAAAGUCCAAGCAUGGCAUGCUGCGGGAUAAUGUUCCCUGGACAUCAAUCAGCAAUAAGUUGACAACUCGAGCACAGCAUUCCUGCUGUCACAAAUGGUACCGCCAGUUAACGUCACCUAUGGUUAUGAAAGGUGAUUGGAAAGAUUCUGAUGAUUAUCGUCUGAUCGAUAAACUUUUUCAGUUGGAUUCCACCUGCUUUGACGAUGUUGAUUGGGACGAUCUUCUUGAACACAGGUCCGGUGUCUCAUGUCAGAAGCGAUGGAAAGAAAUGGUCCGGCACAUGAGUGAGAGUUCGAAGAAGACCUUUGCUGAUCAAGUGAGGUUCUGGCAAAGCGAUAUGGUCCGGAGUUACUUGAAGCUAGAGAAAUAUGGGAAAGCAAACCCUAUGUUCCCUAGUGUCUCUGUUCCUCCCUAA